AUGGACACCGCGAAGCACGGUCGUGCUCGAGAGGCCUCGAGCAAAGAAGGAAGCUACGAAGGUCCGGGGAACCGGGUAGGUCUGGACGUCAAGGACGAUGCCACCUCGAAGCAGCAUCGGUUCUACGAGUGCAGCUUCUGCAAGCGGGGCUUCACCAAUGCGCAAGCCCUAGGCGGCCACAUGAACAUACACCGGAAGGACCGCGUGAAGCCACCCCAUAAGAUGAAAGCGCCACCGUCCUUCCGCGAUGGCGUGAGGACUGCUGGUGAACAUACAGUCCGUAUGAACCAACAACAUGGUGCACAACCCUAUUAUUAUUAUUACUCGAUGGGGGAGUCACGGAGAAAUUGUCAGAAGGGUCUGCUUGCAUCGCCGGCGACCCUGCUCAAGCACCAAGUGAAUUAUCUUCAAAGCAGUGACUUCCAAAUCCCGAGCUUGGUGGGCUUGAGUAGAGAGUGCGGACUUUCCGCGGCGAACUUGAGCUUAAGAAUCGAUCAAUCGAGCAUGGAGAUCGACCAGGUGAUGAGGAGCAAUGAGGAUGGCAAAGGAAUCGAUUUGGAGCUUCGGCUUGGUCGGUCUUGCUAUUGA